AUGCACUUUGACUACCCCGACACCACCACUGCUCCGCACAGCGAUCUGGCAGGGCACAACAUGAACCCAGAGGACUGGAAUGCAGAGAUGGGGGAUGAGGCAUCACCAAUCCUCCCACCCCUUGAGCAGGCUAGCUUCUCUGAAAGACCAAAUGGCUUCUCGUCUGACUUCAUUCCAAGUGUAGGCUCAUUCGGUGCUGUUGAAAGACCUAACAGAAGUCAGCAUAUGCAGGAUCAUUUUGGAGGGUAUUCUAGGAGUAGAGAUACCGAUGAAUGUCUGAACAGACAGUGUCAACCAGUGAGUAGAUGUGGUAGCGGAAGGAAUUUUGCAAACAGAGGUAUUCAAGAAAGGAACGUUGUAGAAGAUUCUAGUACACAAAAUAGAGGUUUGAGAGGAUUUCCUGGUGGCUUUGGACGAAGUGAGAGUAUUAAAGAUGAGCAAAGAGACAGACCUCAGUCUGGCAUUUUUCUUGGCUCUAGAGGAAGAGGAGCAUUUGGAGGUCGUGCAGUUUUAGGGGAAGACCCUCACUUAAGAGCAGCUUACAAAGAAUGCAAUGAAGAAGAAGGUUCUGAAAGAGGUCCAAAGGUGACUUACGUGCCCCCUCCUCCACCUGAUGAUGAACAAGCCAUCUUUGCACGUUAUCAGACAGGAAUUAAUUUUGACAAGUACGAUGAAAACGUUGUCGAAGUGUCAGGACUUGACCCUCCAGCACCAUUACUGGCUUUUGAAGAAGCUAACCUCUGUCAGACUUUAAACAUGAACAUUGCUAAAGCUGGAUACUCUAAACUUACUCCAGUGCAGAAGUACAGCAUUCCUAUUAUACUGGCAGGACGGGAUUUAAUGGCAUGUGCCCAGACAGGAUCGGGAAAAACUGCAGCUUUUCUUCUACCAAUUGUGGCCCACAUGAUGAGAGAUGGCGUAACUGCCAGUAGCUUUAAAGAGCAGCAAGAACCGGAAUGUAUUAUUGUCGCCCCAACUAGAGAACUGAUAAAUCAGAUCUUCCUGGAAGCAAGGAAAUUUGUGUAUGGAACUUGUAUCAGGCCUGUUGUGGUCUACGGAGGUACACAAACAGGCCAUUCAAUUCGUCAGGUACUGCAAGGCUGUAAUAUACUAUGUGCCACUCCAGGAAGGCUUCUAGACAUCAUUGGAAGAGAGAAGAUUGGUUUGCAUAAUGUGAAAUAUUUGGUGCUAGAUGAAGCGGACCGCAUGCUUGAUAUGGGUUUUGGGUUAGAUAUGAAGAAGCUGAUUUCUUACCCAAGCAUGCCACCAAAAGACAAACGUCAAACACUAAUGUUUAGUGCCACUUUUCCUGAAGAAGUUCAGAGGCUGGCUGGCGAAUUUUUGAAAACUGAUUAUUUAUUUGUUGUUGUUGGACACGUGGGUGGAGCUUGCAGUGAUGUUCAGCAAAAUAUUCUUCAGGUUCCUCAGUAUUCCAAGAGGGAUAAACUGAUAGAAAUUCUACAAAGCAUAGGUCAUGAACGAACCAUGGUGUUUGUGGACAAAAAGAAAAAAGCAGACUACAUUGCAGCCUUUCUUUGUCAAGAAAAAAUACCAGCCACUAGCAUCCACGGAGAUAGAGAACAGAGAGAGAGAGAGGUAGCUCUUCAGGAUUUUCGUUCUGGAAAAUGUCCAGUUCUCGUGGCAACUUCAGUGGCAGCAAGAGGUCUGGAUAUUGAAAAUGUCCAACAUGUUAUUAAUUUUGAUCUUCCUUCCACCAUUGAAGAGUAUGUACACCGAAUAGGACGAACUGGUCGUUGUGGAAAUACAGGCAAAGCAGUUUGCUUCUUUGAUAACAGUUCAGAUGGCCAUCUUGCACAAUCUCUAGUCAAAGUGCUUUCAGAUGCCCAGCAGGAAGUUCCUGUUUGGUUGGAAGAAAUUGCUUUUGGUUUUCAAGGAGAAAGAGUCUUUACAUCAGUUCAUACCCAAAAGAAUUACAGAGGCAGAGGCAACAUGAACCCAGGAGGAAUGAAGAUGUCGUAUUCUGCAAGUGCAUUUGAGUCAUGGGAUUAAAACUACUUUAAUACCAAACUAAAUUGUAUUCUGUUAUACUUUAUGUUCCUUACUGUUGAGCUUUUGGAACACUUAAUGUUUAAAAGAGCAGCUCAUAUCACAUGCUAAAGCUUUCAGGAAUGUAUAUGUACUCUGUUUUGAUGAACCCAGUGAUGAUUACCACUUAAUGUAGGAAGUCAGAAACAAUUUUUUAGGAAAAACUUUAGGUAUUAAGUGUUAAAACUUUGAGUAACUGUUUGAUGCUUGGUAGCUAGUAUGCUGCUGUAAAAAGAUGGGGAGUUUGCAAGUGGAAAAUAAUAGAUCCCUUGAACUUACUACUUUGUUAUCAAUAUUUUGCAUGGGAAGAUAGUCUUGUGAAGACCUAGUUUGGGAAAGAGCUUUAUGUGAAGGGCUCAUCUAAACUUCGUUUGUUCCUUUUUGUAACAGGUCAGUUAUUGAAUUUGAAUCUAAUGAUGAGAUGACUUAACCUUAAGGAUGUGUUAAACGUCUUGUAAACAGUUACUUAAUAAAAGCUUGAGGAGUGCAUAUUGAUGGUUGCUUCUA